AUGCCUCCAAAGAGAACAAAUUCAGUGCACUUUUCGGCUGCCGUCCCCUCACCAUAUAAUCGUUCAGCGCCAUCCAUCCAAAACACCCCGAGACUUCUAUGGGGUGCGACAAGCCCUUAUUCCGCACAGCAGAGCGUGAAAAAUGCGAGAACAAGAGCGGAGAUAAUCAUCAAUGAAAUCUCCACCGAAUGCACAAAGCUGCUUGGCAUGAACUACAAAGAAAAAGAAGAGAAGGCCGAACUUGAAGCCCAUAUGCAAUACCUGAUUUGUUGUCUUCAAGCAGCUGAGCAGCGAGCUUGGAGGCUUGAAGAGCGCGUCAACACCUUGGAGGUUGAAGUGGCGUCUCGAAACGUGGAAACCCCACCAACAGACCAAACAGCACCUCCGCGAGAGAUAUAA